CACGGAAGCGGUCGAGCUUUCGGUUCAGCGGCCAUUCGGAUUCGGUGUACCUUCCCCAUUUGGCUGACCCGCGGAACGUCGCGGGCUUUGAACUACGAGCCUCUUCCGUUGGGAAGUUGGGAACCGUGCGUGAGGGAUCGACCGUUGUUCACAGCGUGGCGUUCGUGCCACUAUCGCCAUUGCGUGCUCUAGCGAUCGGUGGUUAGUGCCGGUGAACGCGAGUUUCGGUGAUUCGUGGAGUGCUCAAACCACAAAAAGGCGCAACAGCACCCGACUCCAAUGACCAGCACAACAAUGCAAACCGUUAUCAAGAACCCCAGCUGGUGGCGUCGCCGAACCGCGUUGGAAAAGGUUCUUACUCUUAUCAGCAUCGUUUGCGGAGUAGCCGUUGUGGCGUUGAUCAUAUCUCUGCUCACGGUGGUUUUGACGGACAGAAUUCAGAAUGAAAGUAGCCCAUCGUCCGCCCAACCUCUGACUGGGGGAAGGCGCGGAAAAGCCCUGUCAACGCAUCCGAAUGCUUACAACGAUGUUGCGGAUAAGAACUGUGACAACGUUUGUCUCACGCCGGGAUGUAUCCAAUCUGCAUCGAAGGCCUUAGAGCAAAUGGACCCGGAGGUUGAACCAUGCGAUGACUUCUAUAAUUACGCAUGUGGCAAAUUCGUGAAGGAAACAAUUAUUCCGGAUGAGAAGGUAUCCGUUAACACGUUCUCGGUGAUUGGGGAUCUGUUACAGCAGCAACUACGAUCCCUAGUUAGUGACGAGAUUAACGAUUCCGAAGCGACCCCCUUCAAACUGGCAAAGAACCUGUACAAGUUGUGUAUGAACAAAACACGCAUUGAGGAUAAGGGCAUUAAGCCGCUCCUGGACAUACUGGACACCCUGGGUGGUUGGCCUGUGCUCAAGGGGGACAGUUGGGACUUGGACUCUUCCUGGUCAUGGGUGAAAUCGGUAAAAGAUUUCCGCAAACACGGUUAUAGCACAGACUAUUUCUUCGACUUCUCCAUCGGCAGUGAUCUAAAAAAUUCCACCCGUCGCAUCAUCGAUACUGAUCAAGCAUUGCUGAGCAUCAGCCGGGAGUAUUUGGUAAAGGGAAUGGAAAAUCCGAUUGUAUCUGCAUACUACAACUAUAUGGUUGAUAUGGCCGUUCUGCUCGGAGCCGAAGAGGCACGGGCCAAACGUGAGCUACUCGAUUCACUCAAUUUUGAAAUGGCCUUAGCCAAUAUUUCACUACCGAAUGAGAAACGACGUAACGCCACGGCUCUUUACAACCCGAUGACGGUUAAGGAAUUCCAGCAGCGCUACCCAUACACCGACUGGCUGGAAUACUUCAACGCUAUCCUUAAAGACACCGGCAUUGCUAUCGACGAGAAUGAGGUGAUCAUCGUUAGUGUGCCAACCUUCAUGGAAGAAUUAGGGCCACUGCUACAGAACACGCCGAAGCGAGUUAUGGCCAACUAUGUAAUGUGGCGCAUCAGCGGAUUUUCGUCUCUCUUCCUCACCGAAAAGCUUCGCAAGCGCCAACUUCAGUACACUACAGCCCUGAGUGGUAAGCAAGAACAGGAACCGCGGUGGAAGGAGUGCGUCGAACUCACGGCUAGUAGCCUACCGAUAUCGGUCGGUGCGCUAUACAUUCGAAAGUAUUUCCGAGAGGAUUCAAAACGGGCCGCCCUGGACAUGGUAAACGAUAUCAAGGCAGUAUUUGUUGACAUUCUGAAGAAGGUUGACUGGAUGGAUGAGGUUACACGCGAGUCAGCACUUGAGAAGGUUUCGACAAUGGCCACUCACAUCGGAUAUCCAGACGAACUGAUGAGUGAUGGCAAAAUUGCCGAAUACUACAAGGAUCUUGAGUUCCAACCCGACAGCAACUAUCUCAACACCAUCCUGUACAUGAAUCAAUUUGGUACGACCAAGGCAUUCAAGAAACUUCGCCUACCAGUCAACAAGACGGAUUGGAUCACCCAUUCCAGGCCAGCCAUUGUAAACGCGUUCUAUUCCUCGAUCGAAAAUAGUAUCCAAUUCCCGGCUGGUAUACUGCAGGGCCAGUUCUUCUCGUACGAUCGUCCCAAAUACAUGAACUACGGUGCGAUCGGGUUCGUCAUCGGCCACGAGAUCACUCACGGAUUCGACGAUCAAGGUCGGCAGUUUGAUAAGAACGGCAAUCUGGUCGAUUGGUGGCAGGCGGAUACGAAGAAAGCCUACCUAGAGAAGGCGCGAUGUAUCAUCGAGCAGUACGGUAACUUCACAGAACCGAACGUAAAACUCAAUCUGAACGGAAUCAACACGCAGGGUGAAAACAUUGCCGACAAUGGUGGCAUCAAGGAAGCAUACUAUGCUUACCGCAAGUGGGCUGAAAAACAUGGACCAGAGCCGAGACUCCCGGGCCUUAACUUAAGCCCGGAGCAGCUGUUCUGGCUGUCCGCUGCACAAACCUGGUGUUCAGUAUACCGUCCGGAGACGAUGAAAAUGCGCAUAACAACGGGCGUGCACUCGCCAGGACAGUUUCGUGUUCUUGGCCCGAUGAGCAACAUGCACGAGUUUGCAAAGGACUUCAAUUGCCCUGUUGGGUCGCCCAUGAACCCGGAACAUAAGUGCGAAGUUUGGUAAUUCGUCCGAGCGAAUCUCAGGCACAAUUGUCUCUGGUGCAGCAGUAACUGAUGGGCAUGAAGGAAGAAGGACGGCGCCUUCGGUUUGGUUACUUAAUUUAUUUUCUCAACACAUCUCAAUGACUUGCAAGCUGUGGAUCGUUUUGCGAACGACACGAGAUGCUACUGUGACGGCAUCCCAAUUGUUUCGGGAUGGUAAACAUUUUAGGGGGGUAAACUGGGGACAAUACUUGUAUCGCUUUUAGAUAUAUCCCGAAAUUAGCAGUGUUACAGUUGUUACGCAAUAGGCCGUUAUUUUAAACCAUCCUUGCUCGUCACAAGAAACCCACUCGAAGAAAAACGUUACGCUGAGGCCAUGCAUUCAACUCUCUUUCUCAACAAUCGGGAGUAACUCAAUGGUACAUGAACGAAAACAAUCAGCAAUCAUUACGUACUGUUACAAAGAACUUUUGUUAACAAACGGCUCGUGGCAAAUUGUUUUCGGGAAGCGCGUCCGUGCGGCAAGAGUCGAUUCUUUUCGUCUCAUUGGUAAGACUAAGUAGCGUGUUCGCCGUAAAGAAAGAACAUCAUGCAAUGAAUUUGUGUUCUUUCAUUUUAUCAACAAAUUAAUGCUUUACGAUGCAGUGUCAUGAACUAAAAUAAACAUAUUUUGUAC